CAUCUAUCUAUUAGUGCGCGGCGUAUUAGUAUCGUUUUUCGCCUGGCCACGACGCGAAACGGCAGACGGCCUCCCUUCGAUCCCUCUUCCGAUCCCGAUCGAUCGAUACACUCAUUAUUCCGGGACGGGACGAUGAUGGAGAUAUUGAAAUCGAACGGUGAGUGGAGAGGAUAUCGUCGAUAACGAUAUCGUUUCGAUCGGGUUGAGAGAGAUAAUUGAUUUAAAUAAAUAAUAAUAAACUUAAAGUUGAAGCAGAUAUAAAAAGGUUUCCUAGUUGGUCACGAAGGGGGAGAGAGAUCACAUUCGAGAUUGGGUUUUAAUUUUCGGGGAAAAAAAUUUUUGAAUAAUUGGAGAAUUAAUUAAAUGCUCGUUCCGAGCAAAGAUUCUUAUUUUAUCUUCUUGAAAGAGUUUAAUUUAAAUUUAAGAUUAAUAUAUAUUAAGUCACGCGCUUCGAAGACUCAUUUUUUUUUUUUUUUUUUUCAUAAUAUCCUCUUAUCUACAAAUCGUCCGUGAUUUCGACACCACUCUUGCGACAUUUGUUGUAGUACCUUGAACCACGGAAAUUAUUUCUACUCGCACGUGUGAAAAUUAAAAUUGUUUAAAAACUAGUUCCUAUUCAUAGUCGAAAAUUGUGAUUUUCUAACAAGAAAGAGAAAGAGAGAGAAAGAGAGAGGAAGAGAGAAUAUUUUGAAAUGUUUAAGAAAUCAUUUCGAGGAAUCUACUUGACUACGCUUUAAUGUCAAGUUUUCGAUGACUGGUCAUUUCUAGUUCAUUGUGCCGAUCACGUGUCGAAAAUAUAAUCGCUGGUUUGACGUUCGAAAAACGCGACGUUGGUAUAUUAAUUUCGAAAAUAUCGUUGUCGACGGGUUCGAGCUCGCAACAAAUCGCCUUUGAUUAACUGAUUAAUCAUUCGAGUGACGUUCGCGUUUAAUCGAUUAAAAAAAAAUUCAUAAUUAUCAUUUAUAAUACGAGAAACAGAUGGAGCAAUUUGAAUAAUUUGUCAAAUGGAUCAUCAUGUAAAUUCCUUAUUACCAUAAUUAUAUUUCUAAAAGCUUAAAUUUGCAUUAACAUCCGAUCUAUAAAAAAAAAAAACCAACGCCAAUUAUAAAUAACUUAGAACUAGAAUGUGUCGUACGAAAAACUCGCAUAAUUUAAAAAAGGAAUAUACACGUUUUUCGAUAAUUCCUUCUAAGAAUUCCUCCUAAGGAAUUAUUCCUUCCUAUGGCCGAACUCAUCCGCGUACACCGAACUUCAAUUUCCUCCUCUAACGCACGGUUCUUCCUUCCAUCGACGAAUCUCUCGAAAUCGCCCCGUUCAAGAUUCCCGCCCAAUCCCGUUAAUCCCAUUUCCUCUCGUAACGUUCUCUCGCCCAACCCUAUUCCACACGGAACAAAAUCGUUUUCCACCUCUGUCAAUACGAAUCUGCUCGUUGCGAAAAAGCAAGAAAUUUGACCAAAGAAGUCUUCCCUGUACAAGUUCUCGAUUGUUUCUAAUCUUUUCCAUUAUUAUUAAUUAAAAUAUCAUACACGUAAUAAGGUAUCGACGAAACGGAACGUUUCACGAUUUCGCGAGAUAUACGCGCUAGUACAUAGUUUCGUCUAACACGAAUUUUAAUUAUCGUUCGUAAAUUAAUGGGCAACGUUUUGACCGGUCGUUCCACCGAUAUUUUUGAACCGCCAAGUUUUGUGACGCUAUUUUUAAACAGAAAGAAUUGACCUUUCAAACUUGUCGCGCGAAUAUAUUAACACCCUGUACAGUAUCGGGUUGGCGGAAGAUACAUCAUCGAGUUUCGUCUUUCCUCGUCCCUGAAGCAAAAGGCUCCUCGUCGAGACGUAUAAGAGCCGGUCCCGGGGCCGGGGCCCCAUUUUCGUUCCAACGGACGAAUCGUGGUGGUUAUGUACACCGUUGUUAUUAUUGACUCUGUGACACUGUGACGCGAGUGAAUGGUAUCCGCUCAGUCUCGUUCAAAUUUCGAGGAAAGAAUCGGAAGAGGGAGAGAGAAUCGUUUGGAUAUCAAUUUGGGACGACGAUUGUUUGGAUAUCAGGAUGGCGAUAUGCGAACGAACUACGUUGACCGAAUGGGACAAACUUCCUUCCAUCAAAGUCGGCGACUUCACGCUCGAGGUCGAGUUUGGGCCACCUGGCAAGGAGUUGCAGGAGAUAGCGAAGAACGAACUUCGAGAGACGCCUGAACUUCAGAAGGAUGCGAUCGCCCGACUUAGGGAAUUGCUGAAAGCCGAGGCAGACUUGAAAUGCCCCGUGGAGAACGACGCCUGGCUAAUCCGAUUUCUCAGGCCGUGCAAAUAUUACCCGGAUUCGGCGUUGAAUCUGGUGAAGAAUUAUUACAAUUUCAAAGUGAAGCACUCGAACGUCUACGAGAAUUUGAAACCGAGCAAAGAGAAAAACAUAUUCGAGCAAAACAUUCUGUCGGUGUUGCCGAAUCGAGAUCAAAAUGGGCGGAGGAUACUCCUGAUAGAGUUAGGGAAGAAAUGGAAGCACAACAAGUGCAGCCUGGACGAGGUGUUCAAGGGUUGCGUGCUCUACGUGGAGGCGGCCAUGCUGGAGCCGGCCACGCAGAUCGCGGGCGCGAUAGUCAUUUUCGACAUGGACGGGCUCACUCUUCAACAGGCUUGGCAAUUCACUCCCGCGUUCGCCAAAAGGAUAGUGGACUGGUUGCAGGACGCUGUACCGCUCAGAAUAAAGAAUAUACACGUCGUUAAUCAGCCAUACGUGUUUAACAUGGUGUUCGCGUUGUUCAAACCGUUCCUUAGGGAUAAAUUGAAGAACAGGCUGAUUUUCCACGGUACAGAUCGGAAAUCGUUGCACCAAUACAUCUCGCCCAAAUGUUUGCCAGCCUGCUACGGUGGAAACUUGCAACUCCCUCGUAUAACAGGGCCACAAUGGUUGGAAUUAUUAUUAUUGUGCGACAAAGAAUACGAUGGUACGGAACGAAGUCUUCUUCAAUUUUCAAUUUCAAAAUAAAAGGACUGAAAUCGAAGCACAAACGUUGCUCGUUUGGUAUCGUUGCUGGAAGGAAAUCGACGAAGAUGUUAUUUUAUAUUUCGAAUGUUUUAUUACUUUUUUUUUUUUUUUAUAAUAAUUGAUCCUUCUUUUCUCUUUUCCAGCAAUCAAUUCGUACGGUUAUAAGAAAUAAUUCAUCCGUUUCGAUGCGCCUUCACGAGGAAUGUAAACAAGAGAGAUGAUCCGAACGUAUCAAGUUUUUUUUUUUUUUUUUUUUUCCCUUUUGUGAAACUUUGUCGGCUGUGGAUUUUCUCGUUAACACGCUGAUCUGGAUUCAGCGCAUAGCCUACUUAGUUAUCUAUUGCAAUUUAAAUUAUACGAUGAAUUAAAUUAAACAACAAUGGUAAACUUUUUAUGAGAGGAAUGGGAAAAGAAGUACAAACUUUUUCCAAUUUGUUGUAUUGUCCAUAUUAUACUAUUCGAAUUAGGAUUAGAAAAUUAGAAUUAAAAUAUUAUUAGAGAGAGAGAGAGAGAGAGAGAGAGAGAGAGAGAGAGAGAGAGAGAAGAAAACCGAAUUCUUCUAAGGGAUUUUAUAUAUCAUAUAAAAUUAUAUUUUAUAAAUUAAGAUAAUUUUGUACGAAAUAAUUUUAUUAUUUAUAAUAUUAUUUUUGUAUUACUUUAAUGUUACUUAUAAUGUUUCUUCUUUUUUUUUUUUUUUUUUUUUGUGAACUUCUCUGUUAAUAGAUUUAAAUUUAUCGUUAUUAAUAACUUGAUAAUUUAACGCAAAGUCUUUCAAAAGGCUUCACAAGUUAUUACCAGCUGAUAUAUUUAAUAAAUUUGUAAAACUUGUUGAUUAAUUUAUUAUGUCAGGACAAAGAGGUUUAUCUCAAGGGUAUACGCUUACGAAAUAUGUACUUAAUUAAACAAUCCUGUUACAUAUACGAAUUCGUAAUUAUACACGAUAAUUGUAUCAAUUCUGCCAUUAUUUCUUCCUGAAGUAAAACAAUUAUUUUUAUUCCAA